AUUUGACUGGGUGCCGGUUAUUUAACCGGUGAAGAAUAAUAUUUUUCCGUUUUUUUGAAAAAUAACGAAAAUGGCUGGAAAUUUCUGGCAAAGUUCACAUUUUCAGCAGUGGUUACUAGACAGGCAAGAUUUAGCCAGGGAACGCCAAGCUGACCUCAAAAUAAUGAAUGAAGAAGACUAUGAAAAGUGCAUGAUAUUCUUUGCUAAUUUUAUACAGGCACUUGGGGAGCAGCUGAAAGUAAGACAGCAGGUUAUAGCUACAGCAACCGUGUAUUUCAAAAGAUUUUAUGCAAGAAAUUCAUUAAAAUGUAUAGAUCCCUGGCUAAUGGCACCAACCUGUAUAUUUUUAGCAUCAAAAGUUGAGGAAUUUGGUGUUAUAUCCAACAGUAGAUUGAUAACUACAUGCCAGACUGUAGUAAAGAACAAAUUCUCACACGCCUACCCACAGGAAUAUCCAUACAGAAUAAACAAUGUGCUGGAAUGUGAAUUUUACCUGUUAGAAAUGAUGGACUGUUGUUUGGUAGUAUAUCACCCUUACAGACCUCUAGUGCAAUAUGUAUCUGAUAUCAGCUCAACAGAUGACAGUAUCCUUCCUCUAGCCUGGAGAAUAGUGAAUGACUCCCUUCGCACAGAUGUGUCCUUACUGUAUCCCCCAUAUCUUAUUGCUUUAUCUGCUUUACAUAUAGCCUGUGUCAUACAACAAAAAGAUUUAAAACAAUGGUUUGCAGAACUAUCAGUAGAUAUGGACAAGAUUUUAGAAAUAACUCGCCAAAUCCUGCACCUGUAUGAUCUGUGGAAGAACUAUGAUGAGAAAAAGGAGAUAGCAGCUGUGUUACAGAACAUGCCUAAACCAAAGACUAGUCCUACACCACCUCCCCAAAAUCCUGGACAGGAAGGACAGAGUCAGCAACCAACACAGUGAUAUCCUUAAUGUAGGGACAAGGUGCAGUGACAUUGUACAUUGAUAUUGUACAGUGAUUUUAUGAAAUAAGGGUAAAGCCAGUAACAUGCAUCAGAACACUGUGCAUGUUGUAUAGUUACUUUUUAACAUUCAACAUAGAGCAGAUUGAGCAACAGAUUUUGGACCUCCAUUAAUGGGCAGUUAAGGGCACGGUCAUUGGAUUACUUUCCUCUCACCCCUGGCUUAGAAACACUUGCUAGAAUGUGUAGUUCUAUCUGAAGAGGAAGUUGUCAAGCUGGCUUCUAGAGGAUUGAUGGUGUAAGACAUGUGUUGGCCCAUAUGGAGGUGCUCCUCUGGUCUUUCUACAGUCACCAUAUGAGCUUGUGUUACACAUAUGUAUUGGUGCAACUUUACUCCAAAGCAAAAGAAGCAAGAAUUCAGUAACAAAAUCAAUAAAAUUUUGGAUACUGAUGAUUUUGAUGACAUUUCUUCAGAGGGCAGUAACAAAUAUUUUGUUUUAUGGCUUUGUAAAAUUGAGCAAAAAAAAAAAAAAAACAAUAUCAGCAGUUGACACAAAGACAGUCUGUGCAUUUACAAUAUGUAAUGAUAUUUUAUUU